AUGGUGCGACUACUGCUCGAUACCGGCAGCCAGAGAACGUUUAUACGGAGCGAUCUUUCCCACAAGCUGCAUCUUCCUUGUGAAGAACAGGAAGACCUCACCGUACUUACGUUCGGAAACACGAGUCGGCCGCGACGGUACCAUUGCCGAAGAGUCAAGCUCACUCUUAUCAGCCGAUUUACCUCUAAUGCAGUCACCCUAGAAGCGCUGGAGGUUCCAGAAGUAUGUACCGUAACAACUACCUUGGCCACGGAUCUGCCGGAACUCAGUGGGAAGAAUCUGCUCUUCGCCGACGAACCUAAUUCUUGUACGAGGGAAAACUCUAUCAUUAGCGUCCUUAUCGGCUCAGACUUCUACUGGAGCGUGGUUACGGGACGUACCGAGCGCCUCGGCGACCGCAUGUGUGCCGUGGAGACAAUGUUCGGCUGGGUGGUCCAAGGAGUCAACUCAAGUUCCAGCCUUCCAGCACCCAUGUGCGGCAACACUGUCGCACUCUUUUUAGGCUACUUCAACAUCGCUUGCGGUGACGAAAAAGUGAUAGACCCUUCGGAGAUGUGGAGACUUGAUGCAAUUAGCAUAACCGAUUCAGCUCAUUCCCAAGCUACCGAGGAGCGCACGGCAUUUGACCAGUUUCAGAGCGCGGUAUACAAGGAAGAGGGACGAUACGUCGUUCCCUUGAUGGUCAAGGCGCCCUACCUUUUGUCCACUACGAACCGACCCGUUGCUGAAGCAAGGCUACAGCGUCAACUUAAACGUUUCGAAGCUCAUCCGGACGUGCUGCGAGAAUAUGACCGCACAAUCAGCGAGUACUUCAACGAGGGUCAUGCGGAGCGAGUGCAGCCGUCGGACCAAGGUGCCCGUCAUGUGUAUUACCUUCCUCACCACGCAGUCAUACGGCGGGAAGCGGUGACAACCAAGGUUCGUGUCGUGUUCGAUGCCUCUUCGCAUGAACCGGGAAGUCAUUCGCUUAACGAUAUACUGGACAAGGGCACAACGCUCGGUGCAGAAUUGCUGCAACUUCUUCUGCAGUUCAGGUGCAAUCACAUCGUCAUGACCGCCGACAUUCGCAAGGCAUUCCUGCAAAUUCACGUCCGACGAGAAGACAGAGACCUUCUUCGCUUCUUGUGGAUCGAACGACUUCCCAGUAGUGACGAGCCUUGCCCAACCAUCGUCGAGUGGCGUAUGACGAGGGUGCCAUUUGGAGCUUCGUCGAGCCCAUUUCUACUGUCUGCAACUUUGAUGCAUCACCUUGAAUCUUGGAAGGCUAUUCAUCCAGAAUUCGCAUCGCGUCUACAAAGAGCCUUUUACGUGGAUGAUCUAGUUAUCGGCGCUUCAACCGAACCUGAAGCACUCCACAUUUACCAAACAGCCCGUGCUAUUGUGGCGGACGCCAGCAUGGAGCUGAGAAAGUGGUGCUCCAGUUCCGAAACGUUGAACGAGCAAUUUCGUGCAGACGGUGUCUCCCUCGACGACAUCGGUCAACCGUUGGUUAGAUGCAAGGUGCUUGGUCUUCCGUGGAACCGAUCUGCUGACACUAUCGUAAUGACCACUCAAAACGUGUCAUCUUACGUUGCUACGCAGCCAGCUACCAAGCGAGUUGUACUUCAGACCUUUGCGAGGCUGUUUGAUCCUCUUGGGCUUCUUGGACCGUUUCUCGUCCGCGCCAAACUUCUGUUCCAAGAGCUAUGGCGGCGCAAUUGCACAUGGGAAGGAGCUCUACCUGAGGGCGUGCAUGAACACUGGAAGACCUGGACGUCCGAGCUUAGCGAACUUUCAUCGUUCCAAGUCCCAGGUUGUGUCAUAUCUCCUGCAACGCAAGGCGCAAAAGGACAGGAGCUUCACGUACUUUGCGACGAAAGCCCAAUGGCAUACGGGGUUGCCGUUUAUGUGAGGUGCGUCAUGUCUGAGAACAGUUUCGCUUCACAGCUCCUAAUGAGUAAAGGUCGCAUAGCCCCGUUACGGCCCGUUUCGAUUCCAAGGCUGGAACUAUUGGCCUGCUUGUUGGCAGCCAGGUUAUGCCACUAUGUCAGACAACUUCCCGAGCUCUCACAGGCCGUGGUUCACCUUUGGACUGACUCUGCGGUCGCAUUGCACUGGAUAUGUGGUGACGCGGUCCGCCAGGAAGUAUUUGUACGAAACCGCUCGUCCGAGAUUCGCCGCCUAACCAGAGGAUUCCACUGGCACCACUGCCGGAGCCAGGAUAAUCCGGCAGACUUACUUACCCGUGGCGAGCCAGCGUCUUUUGUUUCGCGCAAGACAAUUUGGUGGGCCGGACCUGCGUGGUUGACCAAUCCUCAGGUGGAUUGGCCUACAGAUCUCUGCCCUAGUCAAAAGCACGAUGACUUGCGCACUGGACUCAUCUCUGCCUGUCAGAGCUUAAGUUUGCCGACUUCUCCUCAUUUGCACGAUCCACUCCUUAGGAUUAAUGAUUACGGACGCCUUACUAAGGUUCUAAGAGUCACUGCUUGGAUCAAAAGGUUUCUUCGUAAUGCGUCACUCCACACCACGUCCUCCUCCGGACCGCUAACAGCCGCGGAGUUGUGUGAGGCAGAGUUGUACUGGAUACGAUUUGUUCAGCGCUCUGCGUUUCCUUCAGAAGUCGCUACGUUAGAGGUCGGACAAUCUGUCGAGUCUGCUUCCAGUAUUCUGACUUUACAGCCCUUCCUUGAAAAGAAAGGUUUGCUCCGUGUGGGUGGUCGCCUGCAGGCCCUUGAUGCGUCGGAGGAGUUGAAGCAUCCUAUGAUACUACCAUGCAACGACCGGUUCACUGAGCUUCUGGUUGAAGCAGCACAUAUCCGCCUUCUUCAUGGAGGAGUCCAGCUAACUUUAAUCGAACUCCGCUCCAGGUUUUGGAUUCUGAAAGGACGUCGGACAGUGAGGCGGGUAUUGAACGCUUGCUUGCCGUGUCGUCGUAGACGCUUGCGUCCGGAGACUGCUCCUCCCGCACCGUUACCGAGGGACCGGAUAACCGAAACCAUGCCGUUUGACGUCGUUGGGAUUGACUUUUGCGGACCACUGUACAGCCGCGCGUCACAAAACACUGACAGGAAGGUGUACAUAGUUGUGUUCUCGUGUGCAGUGACAAGAGCGAUCCACCUCGAGUUAACGAUUGAUAUGACGGCACAAACAUUCCUCCUUGCCUUUCGCCGCUUCGCUUCGCGACGGGGUGUGCCGUCCACCAUCUAUUCCGACAACGCCAAGACGUUCCGUUACUGCGCUAAAGUACUGCGCGCGCUCUUCGACGACUCUGUCCAAGACCAUGCCAGUUCCCUCCGCAUCCAGUGGAAGUUUAUCGCUGAAGGGCGCAGUAGCCUCUGCUAUGAGGAACUUCUCACCGUACUACUCGAAGUUGAGGCGGCCGUCAACUGCCGUCCCCUCACCCAGCUUGCCGACGACACAGAGGACUGCGAGGCUCUGACUCCUUCCCACUUCUUGAUCGGAAGGCGCGCCGUAGCCUUACCGGCCAGCCUGGGGUUAGAGGUGCCCAGUUCUACUCCUGCAGGUCUUCGUCGCAGAGUUCGACAUAGACAGGCUCUUCUUGUGCAGUUAUGGACUCGUUGGAAGAAGGACUAUCUCCUGCUUCUGCGUUCUGCACACCACAGUCAACCGAGGGCACAUCCACGAAUUCGCGUCGGCGACGUCGUGAUAGUGGAGGACAAUGCACUGUCACCUCUGGUUGGGAACUCGGACGCAUAG